AUUGCUUCCUCCCACAGGCGGGACCUGUGAGCGGAAGCAGUUUCUACGUCGCUUAAAAAUCUAAUAUAACUCCGUCAAAUUCAAGAAAUACUGACUCAUUCCUAUGUGUAUCGCUUCUUAAAGGAUUUCUGCGUCGUUAAAAUUCAACCGCGAUAAACGGGAAGUCCGGUUUACCUCUUAAAAACGUUGCUACGCUCCGGUGACCGUUAGAAACCAACGAAGGCACGGAAAAAACACGACGAAACGGUCGCUAAGCUUCAUUCUGGGGUCGUUUUUGGUCGUUAUAAAUCGAAAUAAAGCGAGAGCAACCGGUUUUACCCGCUCGGUGCUGCCCAUUUGCAAAAAAUCACAGUUCAGAUUUGAACAUUUAGCGCGUUUGUGUUAACCGGGAACGGGCAUGCGCACUGGCGUCGACAGGCAGAUGCGGAUAUAAGGAUUGGCGCCGGCGCCACAGCUGAUGCAUUCAUUCAUUCUUCGCUGAGGAGGAGAGCCAUAAGAAUAAAUCAGCACCAUGUCUAGACGCAGUGGUCGCCUCACGCUUCAAGCCAGGGAUUCAAAUGCAGAUGAACCCGCAGUCCGAGAACCACUAAAGAAAAGAAAGUCUGAGCCAAAGAAGAAACUUCAACCUGCAGCCAAGAAACAGAACUAUGAAAUACAGACGUGUUGGUCGGAGGAUGGAGCCAGUCCGUGCAUUCUCAUUGAAACUCCCCACAAGGAGCUGGAGCCCUCAGACCCAUCCAGCUUCAAGCAGUACCAGUUCAAGAACCUCUUCAUCAAGGCCUCUCCCAUCCCUCGUCUCAGCUGGGCGAGUUCAGACGACGUUUGGAUUAAAAUGCUCAACAAGGAGCUGAAGUACGUUCACGAUAAGAGCUACAUGCAGCGGCAUCCCAAACUGCAGCCCAAGAUGAGGGCGAUCCUGUUGGACUGGCUGCUGGAGGUGAGUGAGGUGUACAACCUCCACAGACAGACGGCAUACCUGGCCCAGGACUACUUUGACCGCUUCAUGCUGACUCAGGAGAACGUGAACAAAGAUUACCUGCAGCUCAUUGGCAUCACAGCCCUCUUCAUCGCCUCCAAGAUAGAAGAAAUUUAUCCUCCUAAAAUCUUCGAGUUUGCGUACGUCACAGACAAAGCGUGUGACGUGUGGGACAUCCAGUGCACAGAGCUUCAUAUAUUAAAGGCGUUGGACUGGAACUUGUGUCCAGAGACUCCCAUCUCCUGGCUCAAGCUGUACGUUCAGGUGGAAGCCCAGAAGGAUGGAGAGAACUUCCUGGAGCCGCAGUUUUCUCAGGAGACGUACAUCCAGAUCACACAGCUGUUAGAUUUGUGCAUGAUGGACAUCAGUUCGUUGGACUACAGCUACAGCGUUCUUGCUGCCGCCGCCUUCUGUCACUUCUCUACGUUUGACGUUGUUCAUAAAGUCUCAGGCCUGACCUGGGAGAGCGUGGUUCCCUGUUAUCAGUGGAUGAGUCCCUUCAUGGACACGCUGCGCUCUGAGCCCAAACCGCAGCUGAAAAACUUCCCCAAAGUCAAAACCGACGACAGGCACAACAUCCAGACACAUGUGGCCUAUCUGGACCUGCUGAAAAAAGCUCAGGAGCGUCAAAUGGACAGCCCCGGCUGUCAGCAGUCACCUGUUGCCAUGGGGAAGAUUCUGACCCCACCCAGCAGCACAGAAAAGUCGACCAGUCCCUGAGCUGGACACCCCAUCAGCAGGACCCACUACCUCUCUUCAGGACAGCUUGACGCCACAGUUGAGUCGUCACGGCGACAUGUGAUGUGGAGAACAAAAGUUUUUUUUUUUUUUAUGUUUGGUUGUUUUAACACUAAGCUCUGACGUCUGGCACCCUUAACAGAUCAGACAAGAAACUGAUCUGUUCCUUCAUCAGUUUAAUCAGCCACCAGAUUGAUUAAGUCAUCAACCUGGUGAUCAAUGAUUUAAUCUGUGAUAACUUUCCUUUUUUCUUUUUUUUUUGUUUGUAAUGAAUGUGGUGUCGAGCUACAACAGUUCUCACUCAACUGGUCUUUCCUCCAUGUGAGCCGUCGUCAUCUGGGAGUUUCACUGGUGCUGAUCUUAAACUUGAAGCUUUGAUGCUUUCUGAUGGUGCUUCAGUUGAUUCUCAGGAAAUGAGAAAAACCUGCUUUUGUUCUUACUUACGACAGUCAUUCCAUUUUAAACAGGUACAAUUAGACAUGUGCCACUUUUAUGUCUCUUUUUUUAUGUCUGAAAGUAAAUCUGUCCUGAUGGAGGCUUGUCACCUUUAGAGCAAACAGCUUGAUUUUUGAAGCAUUUUACAGCGACAAGAAUUAUAGGAAUUUUAUUAUUAUUAUUUUUUUCCUAUUUAGGUGUUUAAUGCACCUGACCUGCUUGUGGCAAAUUUUUUUUACAUUUUGUAUAAUUAUUGCAACCUUUUGUUACGUUCCUGGAAAACUUGACCUUUGUGCAAAUUUUUUUUUUUUUUUUUUUUGCUUUUUCAUUUUAAGUGCUUGUAUUUAUUAAUAAGCCUUCAUAAGUAAAGGAAACAUGUUCAUAUGUAAAAUCUUUUAUUGAUUGAACUUAGUCUGGUCACUCAGUGCCAAAGGCAAAAAGGUAUUUAUGAGUUUUGCUCCAUAACAUCUGUUCAUUUGAGGUUCAGCAUUAAAUGUUGUACAUAAGGAUGUCUUCAGUGCCUUUUUUAUAUAACGGGGACGAGGGAGAAAAAAUCUAUACAUGAACUUAAUUUAAAACUUAAAAUGGAGUGAGCCAAAAAAUGGAAAUCCAUCAAACCUGUGACUGUAAACCUCCGCAGUGAACACAAACCAUGUGAACUGUGUAUAAAUGUUAAAGAAUGUUUUUGUACAUAAAGCAAUUUAAACAGAGAAAAUUGUAAUUUCCUUUGUAUUGUUUUAAAUAAAUGUUGAAAGUGUUUUUGGUCUUUGUU